UGGUACGCACCGGAAGCACUACGUCGCCGAUGUGUUUCCUACUGGUUGCGGUUUCGGUACCUCUACCUUGUUCCCCUGGCUGGGUAGUUUACGUCGCACCAUGGCGCCCAAGGGCAAAGUGGGGACAAGAGGAAAGAAGCAGAUAUUUGAAGAGAACAGAGAGACCCUGAAAUUCUACCUGCGGAUCAUAUUGGGGGCCAAUGCCAUUUACUGCCUUGUCACCUUGGUCUUUUUCUACUCAUCUGCUUCUUUUUGGGCCUGGAUGGCCCUGGGCUUUAGUUUGGCAGUAUAUGGAGCCAGCUACCAUUCCAUGAGCUCGAUGGCACGUGCAUCCUUCUCUGAGGAUGGGGCCCUGAUGGAUGGUGGCAUGGACCUCAACAUGGAGCAGGGCAUGGCAGAGCACCUUAAGGAUGUGAUCCUAUUGACAGCUAUCGUGCAGGUGCUCAGCUGCUUCUCCCUCUACAUCUGGUCUUUCUGGCUUCUGGUCACCUUCUCUCUCCUAGGCUCCGGGCCGGGCCCUUUACCUCCUGUGGGUGAAUGUGCUAGGUCCCUGGUUCACAGCAGACAGUGCUGCCCCAGCACCAGAGCACAACGAGAAACGGCAGCGCCGACAGGAGCGGCGGCAGAUGAAGCGGUUAUAGCUACUGGCAUUGUGGCCAUAGGCUGCUCAGUCCUGGGCGGCUCUUUCAGACUGCAUAGCCCCCAUGCCAGGAGCAGUGAAGGCCUAGUCCCAGGGCCAAAAGCAGUCAGAGGUAUAGGAUUUUUGAAUAAACGGCUUAGAAUGUGGCUAAUGCCUGUGUGAGUGAGCCAGUCCUUU